AUGGGCUUGGUUUAUCGAAACCUCGCAAACAUGUUGAAGGCGUUGGGCACAAUUAGUGUAUUAUUGAUGAUUAUUGCUGCAGAUACACUCAUAGUCCCUGUCCAUGCCAAGAAACAUGUGCGUGUUAUAAAUGGCUUGGGCAAUGACACUUUUCUCUAUCUCCACUGUCGAUCAAGGGAUGAUGAUCUUGGCCUGCAUGUUCUUCAGUAUAACGAGUACCAAGAAUGGUCCUUCAACAAUAACAUUCGCGGUAGUACUCUCUUUUGGUGCUCCAUGCAAUGGAACAAUCAGCAACACAGCAUUGAAGUUUAUAGCACCAAAAAUGAUGAUGAAGACUGUGAACUCAAAUGCUGGCGAGUUAUUGAACCAGAUGGAGCAUAUUUUCUUAUGGAGACUCGACAAGGACAGUGGGACCACAGAUACAGGUGGUAG